CCUCGCACGCCUCUCUCUACUUCAGCCGGACUGUGCUGCAGGUGAGAGGACCGUCUGGGCAGGAGCAGAAAUGGGUAGAAGCAUCUGGCAGAGCAGGAGACGACGUGAGCGGAGCCACCAGCAGAGCCCUGCCUUGGAGCAGAGUGGCCCUAGUGAAAGGGACACCGCAGGGACAUCACAGAGCCCACAAGAUUCUGGCCACCAUGAUGCUGAGGUCCCAUCAACCUCAUCCAGCAGAGCUGAAGAGUCGUCUGCACCAGAACUUCCAGGCUUUUAUUUUGACCCUGAAAAGAACCGCUACUUCCGUUUACUCCCCGGUCAUAACAACUGCAACCCCCUCACGAAGGAGGCCAUCUGCCAAAAGGAGAUGGAGAGCAGGAGGCUGCAGCUGCUGGACCAGGAGGACAAGCAGAGAAAGAAAAUUACCAGAAUGGGAUUUAACGCAUCCUCCAUCCUACGAAAAAACCAGUUAGGUCUUCUCAACAUAACCAGUUAUUGCCGUUUAUCCCAUGAGCUGCGGGUGAGCUGCAUGGAGAGAAAUAAGGUAGUCAUUCAGAGCUCAGAUCCUUCUGCGCUGGGAAGUGACCGGUUUAACUUCAUCCUGGCAGAUACUAGCAGUGACCGCCUCUUCACAGUGAAUGAUGUCAAAAUUGGAGGCUCCAAGUAUGGCAUCAUUAACCUGCAGGGUCUGCAGGCCCCCACGUUCACGGUGCACAUGCAUGAGAACCUCUACUUCACCAACAGGAAGGUAAACUCUGUGUGUUGGGCCUCACUCAGUCACUUGGAUUCCCACAUCCUUCUGUGCCUCAUGGGCAUUGCAGAGACGCCAGGCUGUGCCACCCUGCUCCCAGCAUCACUGUUUGUCGGUACUCACCAAGGUACAGACCAGCCUGGCAUGCUCUGCAGUUUCCGGAUCCCUGGUGCCUGGUCCUGUGCCUGGUCCCAGAACACCCAGAUAGAUAACUGCUUCAGUACAGGAUUGUCUCGGAGGGUCCUGUUGACCAACGUGGUGACAGGACACCGGCAGUCAUAUGGGAUCAGCAGUGAUGUCUUGACUCAGCAAUUUGCAAUGAAGACUCCCUUACUGUUCAAUGGCUGUCGCUCUGGGGAGAUCUUUGCCAUUGACCUACGUUCUCCAAGUCAAGCCAAAAGCUGGAAGGCCACCCACAUUUUCCAUGAGUCAGCAGUGACCUCUGUGCGGGUCCUCAAGGAAGAUCAAUACCUGAUGGCAUCAGACAUGGCUGGAAAGAUCAAGCUAUGGGACUUGAGGGCCACUAAAUGUGUGCGGCAGUAUGAAGGUCACGUGAAUGAGUAUGCCUACCUGCCCCUGCAUGUGCACGAGGAGGAAGGAAUUCUGGUGGCAGUGGGCCAAGACUGCUACACAAGAAUCUGGAGCCUCCAUGAUGCCCAGCUGCUCAGAACCAUACCUUCCCCAUGCCCCACCUCCAAGGCCAACAUUCCUAGUGUGGCCUUUUCUCCUCGCCUUGGGGGUGCCCGGGGAUCCCCAGGGUUGCUCAUGGCCGUCCAGCAGGACCUUUACUGUUUCUCCUACAGCUCAUUCUGUUCAAGCAAUUUGGAGGAAGGCAAGUGGGAAUGAAUGGCAGCUUCCGUUUCUAGUGAGUUUUUUAAGUGGUGCUUGAUGUAUUCAGAUGGUAUCCUAGUUCGCGGGCAGUGCAAAAUGGUUGACUUGGGGGGCUGGAGUGAUGACUCAGCUGUUCAGAGCAUUGGCUGCUCUUCCAGAGGACCUGGGUUUGACUCCCCACAACCGUCUUCAUCUCCAAUUCCAGAGAAGCCAACACCCUCUUCUUCCCCUGGACCAGGCAUGCAUGUGUAGACGUCACAUGCAGGCAAAAUACCCAUAUACAUAAAGCAAAGUAUAGUUAAUAACCGGUAAAGCAGCGGUUAAAUUGUGGCCUCGGAGCAUGAAAUGAAAGGCCUUGUCAUGAGAGGUAUUUACUGGCUUUGUGUCUGAGGACUCACUGGCUUUGAAGUCAUUACACACUGCCUUCUCAGACGGUGCCAGUGAGUUCUGGAGUCUUCUGUUACUGUGCAAGGCAUUAGAAGGGGAAGAUGGAGUUGGAGAGCCAUAGGCAGGCAGGUCUACAAGAGCUAGUUCCAGGACAAGCUCCAAAGCUACACAGAAAAUCCCUGCCUCGAAAAGCCAAAAAAAAAAAGGGGGGGGGGGAGAUGGAGCUUUUCAAGUGCUCUGGCUCCAAACAAUAUUCGUGCCUUCUUGAGUUUUCCAGGAUGGAAGGGACAGCAGCUUCUGUUACAGUGACUUGAGUGUUAGUUCUAAAGCCCAAGACCAAAUUUGACUUUUUUAUAAUUUUGGAACUGCAGUUUAUGAAUAGUGUUAAAGUCCUUUCUACUAACUAUUUCAAUAAAGUAAAAAGAGGUUUGUG